GGAGGUCUGCUACAUGCAAGCUGGACACUCUGCUGCUUGAAUGACAGGCGGGUCCCUGUGACUCUUCUCCAAUAGUUUAGUUUCUAGGUAUAGCAUAAACGCGAUCCUGUAAUCUUUCUCACUGACCCACAAUUGGUCUGUUCAAUUGUUAAUACGUAUACUGAGGUAAACGAUUAAGAAAAAAAAACACAAUUGGAAUAGACAACAAAUAGUUCGGGAGUUCAGGAGCUCGAUCAUAUCAUGGACUUUUUUCUCCUCAUCCAAAACACCUCGACGGGAUAAAAACAUGGGACACUGUGAGCCGGGAAAGCGUUAACCAGGAGUUGUAUACAUCAGUUAGCUUCUAUCACCAAACCUAUCCAUCCCCACCACCACAGCGUCCAUAAUGUCCGUGAAAAGCUUACCAAUAUCAAGGCCUAAAUCGGCCUUGGACGGACGGAGAGAUUCGUGUCCAACUUGCCAGAAUCUGCCCGCUACCCCCAAACUUGGAAAGAAAACUCCUUUGGACAAUGACAUACUGAUUAACACCAUCAACUACGCCCGAAGACGUUCUGGAGCCGAGCAGUGGCUAAAGAGAUCUGGUGUUCAGAGAUCAAACUCUAGUAUCAGCCAUCGUUUCUGCUUCCCGUGUCUGGCCAAGUACCGCAAGCCCGUCACAGAUGCUCCGAUACAGCUUAAACUUCGUUACAUGUUCUCCUGCCCUCCCCACGGGAAAGUGGCCUUCUGGAUGACCCUGGGUCUGCAGGCUGUCCUGCUCUGGGGCACUCUGUGGGCUAUCCUGGGCGGAGACCUGCUCCCCGGGGGUAACAUCUUUAGCAUUGUUGUCCUGGCCAUCGUCUGUACGUUCCUCGGCCUCCUCCUUGAGUUCAUACGGUUACCUCGUUUGUUAGGCGUCUUACUGGGUGGGAUCUUAUUACGCAAUAUACCAGGAAUUUACAUCGUAGAAAACAUUGACAGAGACUGGUCAUUUGCCAUCAGGAAGAUCGCAGUGGUGGUAGUCCUCAUCCGUGCCGGAAUCGGCUCCGAUCCCCGUGCUCUCGUUCAGCGGAAGUGGAUGAUCCUGCGGCUUACCCUGUUCCCUGCGAUCGUGGAGGCCGUCGCCGUGGCGCUGGCAACGCACUAUCUGUUGGACUUCCCCUGGCUUUGGUCUUUCAUACACGGAUUUGUCAUCGCUCCCAUGUCCGCGGCUGCUGCAAUUCCAUUCAUGCUGCAGUUCCAAUCAGCGGGCUAUGGCGUUACCAAGGGAAUCCCCACAACUAUCAAGUUUGGGGCCUGCUUCGACAAUGUUCUGGGUAUCAGCAUAUUUAGCGUCUUGUUGGACAUAGCAUUUGACCACGAUCAAGCCAGCCUGCCGUACACGAUCCUGAUGAAGGGCCCGGUACAGAUGAUCGUGGGUCUGGCAGUGGGUGUCGUCUGUGGAAUAAUCCUCUGGUAUUUACCUCACAAGAACAGUAAGAGGAAAGUGUUAUACCGGACCACGUUUCUGUUCGGACUUUGCCUUUUGGGUGCCUUCGCCACGGGCACGGCUAGUCUGUCAUCCGCGGGUCCGCUCGGUGUCAUCUGUACAGCGCUGGUAGCCAGGAUCAAAUGGAGACUUCAGGGAUGGACAGGUGUUAACGAUCCAAUACCUCCAAUAUUUGCACACAUCUGGAAGAUUUGCCAGAUUCUGUUGGCUGGAUUGGUCGGUUGUCUGCUGGAUGUCAAGGAUUUGGACUGGGAGGUUGUUGGCAUUGUCGUUGCCACCAUCGCUAUGGGAAUGGCGUUUCGUCUUCUCACGGCAUAUGCAGUCGUACAGUUCACCGAUCUGAACGUCCGUGAGAGGCUCUUCGUUAUGAUUUCCUGGAUACCGAAAGCUACAGUUCAGGCAGCGAUAGGCUCACUGGCAUUGGACCGGGCCCAAAGCAGCAAUGCAUCACCAGAGGUGGAGCGACGUGGAGAAAUUAUUUUAAUGUCGGCCGUGUUCGCCAUUCUCCUAACAGCGCCACUGGGAGCCGUGCUCAUCGCUAAUUCAGGUGACAAGCUGCUAAGUAAAGCCGAACACCACGAGCACGCCACUGAGGAUGAGUUGGAGAAUGCAGGGUAUGAUAACCUGGUCUUCAACUGGGACAAAUUCUCCAGACUCAAGGAACCUCGCGGAAGUUGUUCAACACUGGUUGGGAGUUCUCCCGAAAGUGCGACAGGAAGUGUUCCUGGGGACAGCCCUAAGGUGGGACACAGGUCUACAAGUAACAGUGACACAGUUUCUGACACAGGAAUCGAGUCUUUGUCCACAACAAACGGCAGUUCUGGCGCCGAAGACAACAAACCCAAGGCUAUUUUUCAUAUUUUGUCUGAAACGCCUCCUACGUCAAAAAAGCAGACGAGACUCCUUUUGGAGGAAGAAAUGUCGACACAUCUCUGACUAUUAACCCGGUGAAUUCAUUUUUACACAGCUGUAUUUUACUUCUUGAUUUUUAUUUUUUGAUAUUUCGUUAUGUACAAAAUGAUAUUGUUAAUGAAGCAUUAUGUAAUUAGUGCGCAGAAGAUCUUCUAGUCGGAUGUGCAGAUUAUAUCUUUGCUUACCGGUAACUACAUUGUCCUAAAUUGUCCUAAUCUAUGAUUACUGUGGAAGUUUAUAUGUAAGGAGAACAUUUAUAACUACUCAAUAUUUCUUCUGAAAUUCCAUUUAAAGUGUUUUUGCGUUUACAAUAUAAACUUGCAUAACCAAGUAAAGAGACCAGAAAUGCAUGUAAGUGUACAUAUAGUAAGGGAAAAACCAUACAUGGCGCUUUCCACAAAUUUUUUACAGACUGCUAAAAUUACCGUAAGUGUCUCCACCAAACGUGUAUCAUGUAGUAACAUACAGAGUCGCACCAUUACGGAUACAGGUAUACAAACUACGACAAAUUGUUAAUACGCAUCAUACAUCCUUUAAAAAAACAUUAUGGCGCCACUUGAAUAUAUUUCCUCGCCUAAUGGCCAUUCGCGUCAAAGCGGGCCUGACCUUCUCUUGUGCAUGUCAUGUGUCUUACUCAACAAAACAAGGUUAUGUUUUAUGUCAGGCGGGAAACGUUCCCCAAUCCCGUUAUAGCCGGGCUGCUUUCCAUAAAAGAUAUCUGUAUUCCACUCCGCAUUCUCUAGAUGUAUUGCGGCAUGGCUGAUUUUUUGUUGUUGUAUUUAGACAUAUGGCUUCAUUAAAGGCUCUCUG